AUGGGGCAGUGUUUCUGCUGCACCACUGUGGGCCAGUCUGAAGUGGCCGUGCUGGAGACGUGUGGCAGGUUCAACACGAUCGCCGGCCCCGGCUGCCAUUGCGUGCUGCCGUGGACGUACAAAGCGGGAACGUUGUCGAUGCGGCUGCGUGAACACCACUUUAUGAUCAGGUCCAAGACAAAGGACAACGUGUUCGUGACGCUCAAGCUGACGAUAAAUGUGCAGGUGGUACCGGACCGUGUGGAUGCUGCCUUCUACGGCUUGGAAGAGCCCCUAAGCAUAAUCCAGAGCUACGUGGAGAACUCUGUGGAGGCGAAGAUCCCGCUGUACAACCUUGAGGCCCUCUUCAUCGAGCGCGGCACCAUCUCGCAGCAGCUCAAGAACGAGACGGACGCCAUCAUGGAGGUGUACGGCUGGGACAUCGUGUCAGCGCUCAUCACGGAGAUCGACCCCGGGGAUGAGAUGACGGAGGCCAUCAACAGCAUUCAGAAGUACCAGCGUCUGCGUGUUGCUGCGGUAGACGAGGCGGAGACGAAGAAGAUGCAACGCGUACGUGCCGCCGAGGCGCUGUGCGAGUCGCGGCGGCUGGCGGGGCAGGGGCUGGCGGAGCAGCGCAAGGCUAUCGUGGCGGGCCUGCGGAAGUCCGUCGAGGUGAUGCGGCACGAUGCGAACGGGCUGAAUAAUGAGGACGUGCUGAACCUGCUGCUGAUCAACCAGUACUACGACACCAUGAAGAGCGUAGCGGAGAACAGCGGCGGCAGUCUUCUUAUAAUUGACGGAGCCGGCGGCCUGGACGCAAUGGCGAAGGGAUUACGAAAAGGGGCUUCUAACGCUAUGCACUGA